ACUCUUCACUCAUUUCCCUUCGUUACGCUUCCAGUUGCCUCCCUCCGCCGUCUCUCCGCAGCCAUGGCUUCCGACUCUUCCCCAGCUCGCUUCAACAAUACACCUUCUUCCCCGGAUGAUUCUGCCUUCUCGAGUCCAAUCGGAGACACAAUUUCUUCCCCCGCAGCAGGUACGUCUCGCCGGAAUAAACGAGGGAGAGGCAGAUCGGCUGCAACUCCGGCCUACGACACUCCUCCGCAUCCCAAUAACCACCCCCGCUUUGCCGGUUCGGAGUCGACCCCAACUCCACUCCACAACGCAUCGAACUCCCGCCGCGGUCAUGGCGGGCGUCCGCCGACGCCCUCCUCCACUUCGGAGGGUGCGCCGUCUUCGGAAGCCGGAGAUGACAUGGACGAGGCCGCUCCCACGUUCGUGUGGGGCACCAAUAUCAGCGUGCAGGAAGUGAAGAGCGCCAUUCAGAUGUUUCUGAAGAAUUUUAGGGAUGCUCAGAGUCAGGGAGCUGAGAUUUAUGAGGAUGGGAAGUACAUGAAGGCGAUUCACCGGGUGUUGGAGAUUGAAGGGGAGUGGCUCGAUGUUGAUGCACACGAUGUGUUUGAUUAUAAUCCUGAACUGUAUGGAAAGAUGGUUAGGUACCCUCUUGAGGUUUUGGCUAUCUUCGAUAUUGUUCUGAUGGAUAUGGUGAGCCAGAUCAACCCGCUGUUUGAGAAGCAUGUCCAAGUCAGGAUCUUUAAUCUGAAGGGCUCUACUACUAUGAGAAAUCUCAACCCUUCUGACAUUGAGAAGAUGGUGUCACUCAAGGGAAUGGUGAUUCGGUGCAGUGCUAUUAUUCCAGAAAUUAGGGAGGCAACAUUUAGAUGCCUUGUGUGCGGUUACUUCUCUGACCCCAUUGUUGUGGAUAGAGGACGUAUAAGUGAACCUACAUUGUGCCUAAAGCAAGAAUGUCAGGCAAAGAAUUCUAUGACACUAGUACACAACCGAUGCAGGUUCGCUGAUAAGCAAAUCGUGAGACUCCAGGAGACACCUGAUGAGAUCCCUGAGGGUGGAACACCACAUACGGUGAGUCUGUUGAUGCAUGACAAGCUGGUGGAUGCUGGAAAGCCAGGUGACAGAGUUGAGGUGACUGGAAUUUAUCGGGCAAUGAGUGUCAGGCUUGGACCCACUCAGAGAACUGUGAAGUCACUAUUCAAGGCAUGGUGUAAACUUCCUGUCACAUACAUUGACUGCCUUCAUAUCAAGAAAACUGACAAGUCAAGAAUGGUGGCAGAGGAUGCCAUGGAAAUUGAUAGUAGUACCCAGAAGCAUGACGAAGAUGUCGAAUUUGACGAAGCUAAGAUAGAGCGGUUGAGAGAGCUGUCAAAGCUUCCUGAUAUAUAUGACAGACUAACUAGGUCUUUGGCACCAAACAUUUGGGAGUUAGAUGAUGUUAAAAGGGGGCUUCUUUGCCAGCUCUUUGGUGGAAAUGCUCUCAAAUUACCUUCUGGCGCCAGCUUCCGUGGUGAUAUUAACAUCCUUCUGGUUGGUGAUCCCGGAACCAGCAAGUCUCAGUUGCUCCAGUACAUACACAAGCUAUCACCUCGUGGUAUUUACACCAGUGGAAGGGGAAGCUCCGCUGUUGGAUUGACUGCUUAUGUCAGCAGAGAUCCUGAAACAAAAGAAACGGUUCUGGAGAGUGGAGCUCUUGUUCUGAGUGACAGAGGCAUCUGUUGUAUUGAUGAAUUUGACAAAAUGUCUGAAAAUGCCAGAAGCAUGCUACAUGAGGUGAUGGAGCAACAAACUGUUUCCAUUGCAAAAGCUGGGAUUAUUGCUACUCUUAAUGCUAGAACAUCAGUAUUGGCAUGUGCCAAUCCUAUUGGUUCUCGUUAUAACCCCAGGCUAUCCGUCAUUGACAACAUACACUUGCCUCCCACAUUGUUAUCCAGGUUCGAUUUGAUAUAUUUGAUUCUUGACAAGGCCGAUGAGCAGACAGACAAGCAUCUAGCAAGACAUAUUGUUUCUUUGCACUUUGAAGAUCCUGAGUUAGCACAGCAGGAUGUGUUGGACAUUGCUACACUAACUGCAUACUUGAGCUAUGCUCGCAAUCACAUUAACCCUCAGUUGUCUGAUGAAGCAGCAGAGGAGUUGACACGUGGCUAUGUUGAAAUGAGAAGGAGAGGCAACUUCCCCGGCAGUAGUAAAAAGGUGAUAACAGCAACACCGAGACAGAUAGAAAGCUUGAUACGGAUUAGUGAAGCUCUUGCUCGGAUUCGCUUCUCAGAGACUGUGGAGAAGCAUGAUGUAACAGAGGCAUUCCGGCUUCUCGAAGUAGCUAUGCAGCAGUCAGCAACCGAUCAUGCGACAGGGACAAUUGACAUGGAUCUCAUCACAACUGGAGUCUCUGCUAGCGAAAGGAUGAGGAGGGAAAAUCUAGUGAUAUCAACUAGAAACAUAAUAAUGGAGAAGCUGCAGCUCGGAGGACCCUCCAUGCGAUUAUUGGAGAUAUUGGAGGAGCUAAAGAAGCAGAGCUCUGCUUUUGAAGUCCACCUUCAUGAUCUGAGAAACGCCAUUGCAACCCUGCAAACUGAAGGAGUUGUGGCUGUUCAUGGUGAUAAUGUGAAGAGGGUAUAGAAGGAGAAUGGAAUUCUACUACUAAUUCAGUGGAUGUUCAUGACUACAGCCUUUUCUGGGUUGUCACUAGCUAGAAAGGGGAAUCUAAUUUUCGUUCUCGGUGUAGUAUUUUUCCUACUUUUUAUAUAGAUCGAAAGCUGUGCUCUGAACGGGGCUAAUUAAAAAACAAGCAAUACCAAUUUCAAUUGUGCGAAUCAGUACGUAAAAAUUGACAGAAACCAUGUAGCAAUAUCAAGUCCUAUUCUAUAAAAAAAAAAUUAUCCUAGUCCUAGUUCUCCAAUUGCAAGGCAGGGUUUGAAAGAUCCGACACCGUCAAGCAGUAAACAGAGGAAUGCUCAAUAUAUCCCUCGCCAUCUUCGACAGCGUCGGGUACCUCAGCCUCACACUUUCCUGUUUCCACCAUUCCACCACGUCGAAAUUCGAGCUCCGAUCCUGGAGGUCCUCGUCCAGAUACUGGUCCAUCUCCGACUUGAACUGCUUGCUUGUUGUCGCCUCCAUGAUGUACACAUCGAAAUCUGCCAGCCCGUAUCCCGAAAUACUCCCCGCCAGCUGGUUGUGCUCGCCCACUCGAUCAACGUUGGGAGCAGGGAAUGGAGGUGGAGAAAGCGCAAGGUACUCGGCAAAGAGCUCAUGGAGCCCGUCAUCGACCAUCUUCACGUAGUGAGAAGACUCGUUGCCGAAGAUUUUGGGGAAGCUGAAUUUCACAAACUGCAUUUUGAAGCGAGGAUCCAUGACGACAGCAAUCGCGAGAACCAACCCACAUUCCUUCCAGUACUUGUCCAUCUUUUCCUGCAUCGGUUCGAUGAAGCUGCCGAGGAACUGAUGAUCACCAUUUGUUGUUGCUGCUGCUGCACAACUGACAAUCUGCAAGUGGACCAUCAAUGCCUCGUAGAACAUUGUGCUGGUGGUGGGAGGGCAAGGGGCUGAGGCGACCAAUUUCCCCAUUGCAAUGGAGAGAGAGUUCAAGAGCGCGCAGAUGAUUUCAACCUGCCUCCAAUCUUCCACGGUUGGAGCAUCUCUGUACUCUGGAAUGACAGUGUGCAAGUGGGAGAAGACUUCCUUCUGAUACAAAGCAGAUGCCAGCAUCUGAUACGUCCUGUUCCACUGGCACUGGUCGUCGUCGAGGAACAGAUGUGGUGCCUCCCCGUGGAUCCCUGAGGCCUUGACGUACGUUAUGUUGUCGCGGAUCUUGUCGAUGAUGGCGCUUCCCGCUGACAGGACGUCGUUCGCCAUGGAGGUGAAAGGGUGGGAGAUGCGUUGCUCGAGCAAGAGCAAGAGCUGGACGUUGAGGAUGAGCGGAUCGUUGAUGCGGAGAUGAGACAGGCGAUUCACGAGACCGUUGGUUUCCAUCUUCUUCUCUGCUAAAGAAACUGAUUCACUGCUGGGGAGAUGGAGGAGACUCGGAGGCCGAGCUCCGGCGAUCUCCGCCGGGGUUGGAUCUAGGGUUUUGUUGCAGAGGCCCGUGAGGCGUUGAGCGAGAGACGGAAGGAUUUUGGGCUUGGAGCGAGUGGCUUAUUGGACCAGGAAAC